AUUGCAGUACAUUGAGCUCCAUAGAGACAGCGCCGGGGCAAGCGAGAGCCGGACGGGCACUGGGCGACUCUGUGCCUCACGGACGAAAAUCCACUAAACAUGGGCAAAGGAGAUCCUAAGAAGCCGAGAGGCAAAAUGUCCUCGUAUGCAUUCUUUGUGCAAACUUGCCGGGAGGAACACAAGAAGAAGCACCCGGAUGCUUCUGUCAACUUCUCAGAGUUCUCCAAGAAGUGCUCAGAAAGGUGGAAGACCAUGUCUGCUAAAGAAAAGGGGAAAUUUGAAGACAUGGCCAAGGCUGACAAGGCUCGUUAUGAAAGAGAAAUGAAAACCUACAUUCCCCACCCCCAAGGGGUGACCAAAAAGAAGUUCAAGGACUCCAAUGCACCCAAGAGGCCCCCUUCGGCCUUCUUCUUGUUCUGUUCUGAGUAUCGCCCCAAAAUCAAAGGAGAACACCCUGGCUUAUCCAUUGGUGAUGUUGCAAAGAAACUGGGAGAGAUGGGGAACAACACUGCUGCAGAUGACAAGCAGCCCUACGAACAGAAGGCUGCCGAGCUGAAGGAGAAGUACAAACAGGAGAUUGCUGCCUACAGAGCUAAAGGAAAACCCGAUGCAGCGAAAAAGGGGGUGGUCAAGGCGGAAAAGAGCAAGAAAAAGAAGGAAGAGGAAGAUGAGGAGGAGGAUGAAGAGGAUGAAGAGGAAGAUGAGGAGGAGGAAGAAGAGGAAGAUGAAGAUGAGGAAGAAGAUGAUGAUGAUGAAUAAGUUGGUUCUAGCGCAGUUUUUUUUCUUGUCUAUAAAGCAUUUAACCCCCCGUACACAACUCACUCCUUUUAAAGAAAAAAAAUUGAAAUGUAAGGCUGUGUAAGAUUUGUUUUUAAACUGUACAGUGUCUUUUUUUGUAUAGUUAACACACUACCGAAUGUGUCUUUAGAUAGCCCUGUCCUGGUGGUAUUUUCAAUAGCCACUAACCUUGCCUGGUACGGUCCAGGGGUUGUAAAUUGACAUGGAAAUUUAAAGCAAGUUCUUGUUGGUGCACUGCACAAAUUAGUUAUAUAUGGGGACGGUAGUUUUUUUUUUGUUUGUUUGGGUUUUUUUUUUGGUUUGUUUUUGUUUUUUUUUUCAUCUUCAGUUGUCUCUGAUGCAGCUUAUAUGAAGAUAAUUGUUGUUCUGUUAACUGAAUACCACUCUGCAAUUGCAAAAAAAAAUUGCAGCUGUUUUGUUGACAUUCUGAAUGUUUCUAAGUAAAUACAAUUUUUUU